AUGUCGGACGCGGAAGAAGCGGAAAAUGCGCCGCUUGAGGAGGUUACACAGGGAGAGGCGGCUGAGCCUCCUGCUAAGGAAGCAGCAGGCGAUGAUGGUGGUGGGGGUGAAGGAGAAGGAGGAGGAGAAGAAGCUGAGGAAGUUGGGGACGAGGGAACGGGAGAAGAGGAAACAGCCGAAGAAGUGAAGGAUGAUGCAAAUGAUGGAGAGAAGGAAAGCGAAGGGGGAAAUGCUGGUGACGAAGAAGGGGGGGUAGAAGCGGAAGUUACCCCUGCUGAAGCGGGUGAAGCAACUGAAGCAGGUGAAACGAGUGGUGCUGGUGACGCAGGAGAAGCAAGCGACUCGGGAGAAGCGGCUGAAGGAGGUGAAGCAGAAGAAACAAGCGGAGAAGCGAACGCGACAGGAGAAGCCGAAGCAGGUGAAGCUGCUGAGGCGGUUGCGGAAGAGGAAGCGGAAGAAAAGGUGGAAGAGGCGGCUGAGGGGAUCAGCGAGGCGGAUGCUGAGAGCGCUGCUGAUGGGAAAACAGAGGCGGAAGCCGGCGACGCUGCGCGGGCGGAAGCCGAGCAAGCGGAAGCGGAGCAGGCGGAAGGGGAGCAGGCGGAAGGGGAACAGUCAAAGGGAGAUGACGAUCAAGGGAGCGACAAAGGGGAGGCUGAGGAUGCAGAGGCGGGUGUGACUGAACCGGGAGGUAUGAACACAGAGGAAGUGGCUGCAGAGGAGGCUGCUACAGCCGAGGCUACAGCCGAGUCGAGUGCAGAAGCAGGUGAGGAGACCAACGAAGAGGCGAGUGGGGAGGCGAGUGGGGAGGCAACUGGUGAGCCGAGUGAUGCUGCUGGUGGAGGUGAAGGGGGGGAUCUGGAGGGAACGACGAGUGAUGGGGAGUCACGAGCGGCAGAAGGAGAGAUGGAGGACGAGGGGAAGGAAGGUGACACAGGGGACGGACUGGUGGAGGAGAAAGGUGAGGAGGAGAGCUCAGGAGGACAAGGAGAAGGAGAGAAGGGAGAAGAGGAGGGAAGUGGCGAGGAGGUGAGAAACGAAGUGGGAGCGGAAGUUGAGGAAGAUCGAGGAGAGGAGGAGGGAGGAGAGCGGACAGAAGGAGGAGGAGAAGAAGGUAGUGAAGCGGCAGCUGUAGGGGCAAGCGGCGAGGCUGAAGGGGAGGGGGCGGCGGAGGAGGCGGAGGGGGGUAAAGAAGGGGAUGCGGAGGAGAAAAAUGCUGACGUGGCAUCUGUGUCAUCAGGUGGCGGCGAUGGGGAGGAUGAACGGGCAGGUGAAGAAAGCGAGGAGAGAAUACAGGAUGGGGAGAUGGGGGGUGAUGAGAAAGGGGAGGACGAGAAGGGGGAAGAGGAGGAGAGUUCCGAGGCAGAGGGGGUUGGAGGAGAGAUGGGUGAGUCCAGGGUGGAGGAAGGAGCAGAAGAGGAGGUGAUAGGGGAAGCAGCGAGUGCGGAGCAAUUGGAGGGAGAACCGGGGGGAGGGGAGGAAACGGAGGAGAAAGAUAAGGGUGGGGUUGAGGAGGAGAGGGAGGAGGAGGGAGUUACUAUUCAUGUUGAUGGUGAGAAUGGGAUGGAAGAGGAGGGGAAGGCAGAGGGGGAAGCGGCAGUGGAGGCUAAUGGCUUGCAGGUAGAGGAAGGGAAAGAAGAGGAGGAAGAGGGAGGAGUGGAAGAGGGGGAGGUGGAAGCUGGUGCAGGUCAGAACCAUGUGAAGGAUGGAGAGGGGAGUGAGGAGGGGAGUGAGAAGGGGAGUGACAAGAGUGAGAGUAGUAGUGACAGCGAUAGCAGCAGCGAGAGUGGGAGUGACAAGGAGGGGGAUGACGAUGAGAAGGAGAAGAAGAAGAAAGAUAAGAAGAAGGAUAAGGAGGCGUCCAAGGCGGAGGAGCAGCUGGGAAAGCUGAGAGAAGAGCUAGAAGCGGAGGAGGAGAGGAGGAUAGCGGCGGAAGAAGCUAGGGACCAGGCGGAGGAGGGGCGGCGGUUGGCUGAGGAGGGGAUGGAGGCGAUGGUGGAUGCCAAGAGGCAGACGGUGAAGAAUCUGACGGAGAGUUUGCUGGCUUCGGAGGAGCAGAGGAAGAGGCUUGUUGCCUUGCUGCGAUCGGUGAAUGGAGGGAAGGUUUUGGCUGAGGAGGGCAUGGAGGCGAUGGUGGAUGCUAAGAGGCAGACGGUGAAGAACCUCACAGAGAGUCUGCUGGCUUCCGAGGAGCAGAGGAAAAGGCUCGUUGCUGUGCUGCGAUCGAUGAAUGGAGGUAAGGCUUGGGGUGCUGGUUGUGAGACGUUUGCGAUUGGUAUGGAGGUCCGAUUUGGGGUGGGGUGA